UCCACACACACACUCUGAUCCACACACACACUGCGAGCUGCUGCAGGAGGACACACACAUCUUCAGCUGCUGGAGAUGUCGCUCACCCUCCUCAUCCUCUCGGCUCUGGUCCUGUUGUGUCCCGUCGGGACUCAGGUACCAGAGUUUGCAGAUGUGUGCACGGAGGGCAGCUGUUACCCGGCCACCGGCGACCUGCUGAUCGGCCGGGCGCACAAACUCUCCGUCUCCUCCACCUGCGGCCUGAAGCAUCCGGAACGCUUCUGCAUCGUCGGACAUCUGGAGGAGGAGAAGAAAUGUUUCGUGUGCGACUCCAGCGAGAGCUUCGACGAGGACACCAACUCCGUCAGCCACGGGAUCGAGAACGUGGUCACCACCUUCGCUCACAACCGCCUCAAGACCUGGUGGCAGUCGGAGAACGGCGUGGAGAAUGUGACCAUCCAGCUGGACCUGGAGGCCGAGUUUCACUUCACGCACCUUAUCAUGACCUUCAAG